AUGAAGGUGGCUUCGGAAUUGACCAAUGAGCGUAUUCUUGCGCGGCUCAAUGCGUACAACAACUCUAGCCAGGGCUCAGAGUCGGAAUAUGUCUACGUCAACGGCAAACCCAUCACAUGCCGGCGAUGCAAGCGCAAGAGGCUGGUGUCUGAGACGCCUGAACACUUGCAAUUCAAGACGUGCAACCCAUGCCGCGUGAUUGAGCGAGCGCAGAAGCGGCGUGGGUCGAAACACAGCGUCAUCAAAAACAGAGAGGAGUACGACAUGAUCCAGCAGAUUAGAGGCAUGGAGACUGAUUUGGAGUCGGCGACUGCUGUCGACACUCCGCGCACAAAAUCCGAACAGCCACGCGAGACGACACCCGAUGUGCUGCAGUCGUCUACCGCGCCGUCUCCCGAGCAGGCCGAGUCGGGGCUCGAGAAAGACUCGCUGGCCGAGCACGACACUCAGACACAGUCUCUGGCAGACUCGCUGGCCGAGCACGAGCAGCGCAUGCAUUUUCUGCACCAGGCUGCUCCAACUCAAUCACGAACAGGAGCUGCGCAACUUAGUGUUUACGACGAAUGA